CGUGGCUCGGUGUCCCCUCGGUGACCUGGGGCAGGUGGAGCGGUGCCCAGCGUGGCCCUGGUGUGGUGCCUCAGUUUCCUUGGCGGGGGGAGGGGGCGCGCAGACCCCCGGGUCCCGUGUGAGGCAGGAGGGGAUCUCUCUGCUCCCCGUGGAUUUUGGGGGGCUGUGACCCCCGGGCUGGGCUGUCCCGUGGUUUGGUGGCCUUGGGGCCAUGUGGGGUGUCCGGUGCUGGCCGGGGUGGGGAUCCCGUGCCUUGGGUUUUUCCCCAUUGGGGGAACUCCAUGGGAGUCAGGCACAACCGCCACCUCCGUCAUUCUGUCCCAACAUCCGUCCGUCUGUCCUCGCCUCCAUCUGUGCGUCACACCCCUGCAUCCUGUCCCCCAUCUGUCCGGCCGUCCCCCAUGUCCUGCUGUCCCCCGGUGUCCCUCUGCCUGCACGCACCUUGGCACCGUGGGGUGCGUGGGCAGCGCCUGCAGGGCCCGGGGGUGGCAGCUCGGUGACAGUGAGGGGUGACAGGCGGCAGCGUUAACCCUCUCCCCGGCUGGCACGCGUGGCACCGACCCGGCUCUGUGUUGGUGGCACAAACUGAGGCACAGGAAGGGGGGGACGCUCUGACCGUGUCCUGCCUCAGGUUCACCCUUGGUGGUGCCACCACUGCCCAGAGGGGCUGGGGAUGCCAGAGGCCUUGGUGAACAGCCAGGAGUGGACCCUGGGCCGCUCCAUCCCUGAGAUCCGCCUGGGGGUCCUGGGCAGCAGCAAGAGCGGGAAGUCGGCGCUCGUGCACCGGUUCCUCACCGGCUCCUACGUGGGGCUGGAGCCCACCGAGAGUGGUCAGUUCAAGCGGGAGGUGACAGUCGAUGGCCAGAGCCACCUCCUGCUCAUCCGGGAGGAGGCGGGCGCCCCGGACGCGCAGUUUGCCAGCUGGGCGGACGCCGUCAUCUUCGUCUUCAGCCUGGAGAGCGAGAGCAGCUUCGAGGAGGUGGCGCAGCUGCAUGCGCUGCUCAGCGACCUCCGCGGCGCCGGCGACCUGGCCCUGGCGCUGGUGGGCACCCAGGACAAGAUCAGCUCGUCCAGCCCGCGGGCGGUGGAGGACGCGCGCGCCCGGGCGCUCUGCGGGGACAUGCGGCGCUGCCUCUACUACGAGACCUGCGCCACCUACGGCCUCAACGUGGACAGGGUCUUCACCGAGGUGGCCCAGAAGGCCGUGGCGCUGAAGAAGCAGCAGCAGCUGAUGGCCUCCUGCAAGUCCCUGCCCAGCUCCCCGAGCCACUCCGCCGCCUCCACCCCCGUGGGGGGUGCCCACCCCGGCCAGACCAGCAACGGUGGCCACACCAGCGAUUACUCGUCGUCACUGCCGUCCACCCCCAACGUGAGCCACCGGGAGCUGCGCAGCGAGACCCCGGCCCCGCUGGGCACGCCCAGCUCGCUGCACCGCGGGGCCAAGCGCCGCACCAGCCUCUUCGCCACGCGCCGUGGCAGCGACUCCGAGAAGCGCAGCCUGGACAGCCGAGGCGAGGUGGCCGGCAGCGGCCGUGCCAUCCCCAUCAAACAGAGCUUCCUGCUGAAGCGCAGCGGCAACUCCCUGAACAAGGAGUGGAAGAAGAAAUACGUGACCCUGUCCAGCAACGGCCUCCUCUUCUACCACCCCAGCAUCAACGACUACAUCCACAGCACCCACGGGAAGGAGAUGGAUCUGCUGCGCACCACGGUCAAGGUGCCCGGGAAGCGCCCGCCCCGCGCCAUCUCCGCCUGCGGCCCCUCGGCCAGCAUCAACGGGCUGCUGCGGGAGCCCGAGCCGGGCACCGGUGUCCCCUCCGUGGGGCUGAGCCUCCCCCCCGAGCCAGGGCUGAAGGUGGUGGGCAAGGGGUCCCUGCAGCGCUGCGCCUCCGCCUCCGGCGCCAAGCUCGCCUCAGAGUCCCCGUUGUCCUUCGAGGCCGUGUCCAGCCCCGGCAGCGCGGGCAGGGACCCUCCCCCGUCACCCCUGGUGGACAGGAAGAAGCACCGGCGGAAGAAGCUGAUGACGCCGUCCAAGACCGAGGGCUCGGGAGGGCAGGCAGAAGCCAAGCGCAAAAUGUGGAAAUUAAAAAGUUUUGGUAGUUUAAGAAAUAUUUAUAAAACAGAGGAGGAGAACUUUGAGUUUCUGAUCGUGUCAAGCACGGGGCAGACGUGGCACUUUGAGGCUGGCAGCUUCGAGGAGCGCGACGCGUGGGUUCAGGCCAUCGAGAGCCAGAUCCUGGCCAGCCUGCAGUGCUGCGAGAGCAGCAAGAACAAGGCACGCAUGGACAGCCAGAGCGAGGCCGUGGCCAUCCAGGCCAUCCGCAACGCCCGCGGGAACUCGCUCUGCGUGGACUGCGGGGCACCCAACCCCACGUGGGCCAGCCUGAACCUGGGCGCGCUGAUCUGCAUCGAGUGCUCGGGCAUCCACCGCAACCUGGGCACGCACGUGUCGCGGGUGCGCUCGCUGGACCUGGACGAUUGGCCCCGGGAGCUGACCCUGGUGCUCACGGCCAUCGGCAACGCUACGGCCAACAGCAUCUGGGAGCAGAACCCGCGCGGCCGCUGCAAGCCCACCCACGAGUCCUCGCGGGAGGAGCGGGAAUCGUGGAUCCGUGCCAAGUACGAGCAGAGGCUGUUCCUGGCCCCGCUGCCCGCGGCCGAGGCUCCUCUGGCCGAGCGGCUGCUGGGGGCUGUGCGGGAGCAGGACCUGCCCGCGGUGCUGCUGCUGCUGGCCCACAGCCACAAGGAGCAGCUCAACGUGGCCAUGGGGGACACGGACCGGCGCACGGCGCUGCACCUGGCCUGUGACACCGCCCAGGUGGUUGUCACCCAGCUGCUGGUGUGGUACGGGGCCGAUGUGCGGGCACGGGACGGUCACGGCCGCACCGCUCUGUUCUACGCCCGCCGCGCCGGCAGCCGCGAGUGCGCCGAGAUCCUCCUGCAGCACGGCUGUCCCGGAGAGGGGCCCGGCAGCCCCCCGACCCCCGUUAGCCCCCCGACCCCCGGCCCUGCCACCCCCGGCGGCCCCCCGACCCCCGGGCCCCGCCGGCGCAGCAGCUGUGCCAGCGUGGGGCCCUGCGAGCCCCGCUCCGCCCUGGUAUAGCCCCGAGGGUCCUCAGCCCUGGGGACAUCCCGGUGCCACCCCCGGGGACAUCCCGGUGCCACCCCCGGGGGCAGCCCGUGCCCACGGUUUGUACUUUUGAUGCUCUAUUUAUUAUCCUCUCCGUGUCGGGCUC